CCUGCGGGCCGGCCCGCGGCAGAGCGGACAUGGGCGCCAAGCAGAGCGGCCCGGCCGCCGCUAACGGCCGCACCCGCGCGUACUCGGGCUCGGACCUGCCUUCCGGCAGCGGCGGAGCGCGCGAGGGGAACGUGGGCAGCGGCGGGGCGCGGGCCGCGGCCAGGCUUCCGCCUCAGGUGCCCGGCGCGCCCCAGCCCGGCGCCUCGGGCGGCGCGGCAGCGCCCUCGGCGGCUCCGGCGGCCCCGCGCAGCCGCUCACUUGGCGGGGCCGUGGGCAGCGUGGCGUCGGGGACCCGCGUCAGUAUCCCCAACAGCAGCAGCGGACCCUACGGCUCGCAGGACUCCGUGCACAGCAGCCCAGAGGACGCCGGCGGCGGCAGGGACCGGCCGGCGGGCGGGGGCUCCGGUGGGCCGCGCCUAGUGAUCGGCUCGCUCCCGGCGCACCUCUCGCCUCACAUGUUCGGAGGAUUUAAGUGCCCUGUAUGCUCAAAAUUUGUACCCUCAGAUGAAAUGGAUUUGCAUCUUGUGAUGUGUUUAACAAAGCCAAGAAUAACCUAUAAUGAGGAUGUGCUAAGUAAAGAUGCUGGGGAAUGUGCAAUAUGCCUUGAAGAAUUGCAGCAGGGAGAUACUAUAGCACGACUACCUUGCCUGUGCAUAUAUCAUAAAGGGUGCAUAGAUGAAUGGUUUGAAGUAAAUAGAUCUUGCCCUGAGCACCCUUCAGAUUAAGCAUCAGGUGCCUAUUCUAUAGGUUUUCUUGUCUUUUCAGGAUGCUUGAAAAAUCUAGAGGACUUGAGAAUCUCUCUCUGAAAAACAAAAAUGUGGGCUUAUUCAGCCAGAAAUCUGAGUUCUAUGAGACAUGGUAAUACAAAGAUGGACAAUCAUACAGGAAAAUAGCCCUGCUGAAGACAGGACAGUAACCACAGAACUCAGUGUACCAAACUUGCAUAUAAGGGACACACAGGGAUUUUGAAAAUGCUGCACAUCCCUCAGUAGUCAUCUGCAUAGUUAAUACUGAUCAACAUUUUGUAUUCAGACGCCAAAGUUAACUGAUUGAAAAGGUGAUUUACUUUUUAUUCAGUUUUCUAGAGCUGUGCAACUAGCUUUGUUUUGAUAUGUUCUGUUUUUUUAGUUUGGGGUCUAUUUCCCCCAACAUAAUGUUUCUGCAUUCAUCUAUUCUUAAAUUAAAAACAACACAAUUUACUUCUUAUAAACUAAAUUCUUAAAUGUGAAAAACAAGAAAUUAAUCAAGCAGUAAAACAUUCUCUGAAUGUAGCCUAUGAUCUCAAGUUCUUCCAUUUUUUUCACCAUUUAUGGAAAAUAGAUUUCUACAUAGGAAAGCUAAAAUAUGUUAAUAUUUUUAAAUUAAAGGUUUAAUAUUACCAGGAUGCUGUCCAAAGAGCAAAUCAAGUUACACAAUUACAUUUUAAGUAAUUAAAUAUACAGUUGCAGUUUAUGAAAUAAUAUUGUUUUCUUCUAAAUGAAACUGCUCAGUAGUUAGCAGCAAAUCAUCUUGCAACUAUGCAACUUUUAAAAACUAUGAUUACCAAUUUUAAGUGCUGCCAGCUACAGUAACUUUCUUUUAACGGGUAUUUUUUUGUUUGUUCUUUUCAUAUACAUAAUUAUUUUGGUGAGCUUUGCAUCUCUAGUUCCCACAUUUGGGUAAAAUUUUUAGCAGGUUGUAAACUUAGUAACUUAUGAAAAGGGUCAAAUAAAAAUUUCUGGAGUGGAAUUUGAAAUAAUUAGAAGGACAUUUUAUAUACUUUUAAAAGUUAGAAUUUAAUUAGGAUUCCAGAUUUAUAGCAAUUUACAUUUAAUUUUCCAAAUAAUCUGGAAUUUAGCAUUUGAUAAAUGAUUUUUAAAGCAAAUACAAAAAUUUUGUUAAUUUAUAAUUUAUUGAUGUUACUGUAAUUGAAAAUGUUGUAGAGAUUUUUUAAUUCAUUUUGUGAAGAAAGAAAUGUGUUAAGCAAAAUUAUGUGAAUAAAUAUUCCCUAAAAAUACAUCUGAAUGGUAAAAUACUGGAAGAUAGCUAUCAGGGCUAUAUUAGUGAAUGUCUUUUUUCAAUAUCAAAAUUACUAAUAAGUAGAUUGCAUUUUCAACAUAGGGAAAAUGUUAUCAGUGAGUAUUUAGGCAGUGCACUUUACUUGGUAUAAUUGAAAGUUUCACAGUAGUGUUUCCUUAUUUUUAACUCUCCUUAAUGUACUUAAGUAUUUGCUUUUUUAACACUGCUACUCUUAACCUCCUUUGUCUCUGUUGCUUCUGUUUCAUAUUUUUUAAAAGGGCAAUUACAGGAGGAGCUGCUGCUACCUAGAAAAAUUUGUGUUUUAUGAAUAAUUAAAAGAUUUUUAAUUGUUUUCUGUGUUAUUUUAGACUAGAUAACAUUUUCCCUAAAGUUGUGCUGUGAAAUGCCUUUUGUUAUGCUGCAAUUGCUAAAAGAAUCCAAAAACCUCCAUUGUGACAGCUGACAGCACAGUUUCAUAGGUGCUUUUUUAACCAGUUGUGGAAAAUUAUUCUUCCCUCAAGGGAAAUACUAUUUCCUUACGUUUUUCUGUUAUGAAAUCUUAAUUUGAAUUUAUUUUAUUUUACAUCUUCAGUUUUGUAAGCUUUCACAUUCCCUGUCAUAAUUCCCCCAAGGAAAACCUCUUAGAAUGUGAAUAAUUUGUCAUCUACCACUGGUAUAUUGUUGUAAUAAGAAUUACUUUGUUGUCUUCCAUUCUUAAGAGAUUUAUUACAGUUGUGGUAAUUAACUGCUUACAUUCUCCUGGAAGUUGAUUUUCUGAUGUAACUUACUCGUUAACUUUACUUUUUGAACUGUAUUGGCUUAAGUUGACUUUUCCUUCUCCUUGUCCUAUUUAGCCUCUGUCAUAGAGUUCUGUGCUGCAGCUGCUACAAUAGAAGCUCCUGUGGUUUUGAAGAAAGUUCAGUGUUUGCCAGUCAAGUGCUACUUGAUCAUUACAUUUGUCUAGAACAGUAUUUACUAGUCUUUUUAAAGCAACCCUUUUUUCAUUAGGAUUUUCAGAAUUGGCAUUUUUACUUUAAAUUCAGUCUCCAGCAGCAUCCUAAAAAAGAAUAAUUUAGAAAUUGAAAAGAAAGUUUUAAAAACUCAAAUGCUCCAGUUUUUAUUCAAAGUCAGUCAUUAUUCUGAAAAGUAUAUAGGUGAUAGUGUAUAUAACAUCACUUAUAAUAUUUGUGAAUCUAUAUGCAGUCACUGGAUAGUAGAAGUAGGGCAUAAAAUGAUGUUAGUUAGGCAUUUAAAUGUUCAGGUGAAACUACUGAUGACAAAAUAUUAUGGUGGUGACACAAUAAAGAUUGAAAGCCUAGGUAAUCAAGAUGGUUAUAGCUUUCUAGAAUCUUUGUAAAUACUCAUCUUCCAGUAAGGUUCUACUUGCGUAUAUAGAAAGCAAUAUGUUCUUGAAUUUCACUUUAGUGCCACUCUUGUCCAUAACGGAUUUAUUGCCAAUUUUAACUCAUCCUACUUUGAUAAUGGUUCCCCUUCCCUCUUGCCAGAAUUUAAGAGAAAGUAAAAUUAUUCUGUCUUACUCUGGGCUCUUUGCCAGAGAAAUAGACUAGCCAUAGGUUUAAUAUGGUUUUCAGAUUUAGCCACAAAUCAGAUGAUAGAUUAUUUCAAGAGCAGUGUUUAUGACUGAAAUGUAAACAUUGGUUUCUGUAACUCAUUUGUGAUAGUGGAAAGAAUGCUGAAAAAGUCUAAUUGUUUAGCUUGCAUAGUAUGUAUAUGGGUUUUAGUUUCUUAGUGCAAGUCUUACAUUUCUUUAAAUAUUAUACGAUGAUUUCAUUUCUCACCCAGUAGAUAUUUCACUAGAAUGUAGCCCAACAAUGACUGAGGCCCAUGCUCAGCAUAUCUACAUGAUGUACAGUAUUUCAAAAAGAUUUCAGUUUGAAUGCAUUAGUGAAAACAACAGAACUCUUUUCAGAGCUUAUUUGACUCAUGGCUAUAAUCUAAAGUUUGAGUAUAGUGAAGUUUGAGAACAAUCAUUUAGAUAAAUAUUUUAUUGCAAAACAGGAUAUUUCUUUAAAAAGGUUGUACAUUCAGUGUAAAUAUUACCUACUUUUAUGUACUGAAUUGGAGAGUGGAAGAGUGCAAUUUUCCUAAAAAUAAGCUAUAUUUGAACAAAGCAUGAAACUUUUAAAAUUCAAGAAUAAUUGAAUUUAACAUGCCAUUGGUAACCACACUGUACAUUGAUAAUAAUAUCCAAAUCAUCUUAUUCUUCACAGAGGUUUCAUAUAAAUCAGAUUUUUGGGAACCAUAUAAAACAACUACUUAAGGGUAAUUGGUGCUUAUUAAACAUGAGUACAGUUUGUUGCUGAAGUUUUCUAGUUUAUUUGAGCUGUUUUCUUGCAAUUUUGAUUUACUCUGAGGCAAACUCAGUAUAUAUUGACAGUGAUUAAAUGUGAAGUGUCCCUUGUUCCAGUGUUCCUUGUUAUUAUAUAGAUAUUUUCUUAACUCAAAGUAUUCUAGCAUGUCAACUACUUUAUUUUUGGCUCACUUGCCUAUUUUUCCUGAGGAAUGUAACUUCUGGGUUUUUUGUUUGUUUGUUUGUUUUGCUGUGUUAACUGUUGUUACAUUUUUACUAUCUACUGUCUUUUCUUUUUUACUUACAUCUUUUCAUUCUGAAACUGAAUUGCUAAUUUGUUUUCUUUAGAGGAAAUGGCUACUUGGUGUAUUCCUAGUACUGAUGAGGAACAGCUGGUAAAACUUUUUUUUUUGACAGUAAUUUCACCAAUAAGUUGAGUACUAUAUUCUGUAAAUGCCGUGUGUAAGCUAGGAAACAGAAUUCCUGUAUUAAAUGGAAAAUACCUGGUCUCUUUAGUCAGAUAAUUUUCUGAGAACAGUAAGGCUUUGAAGAAAACUAGAUAGGUUAAUAUUUAGUUGGAAAGGCAACAUUACUUUAUGUAGGAGAGUUGGUUUAUUUUCAAAUAUUUAAGAUAUCAAUUUUAGACCAAUAGUUACUAAGAAGAUAGAUUUUUGUUGGUUGUCUAUAGAGAAGCAAAGAACAGCAUGGUGUGAACUAGCAUGCCAGAUAUAAAUGAAAAAAAAAUUAGUACUGUAGUGUCUGUUAACCACCAUUGUUUUUUUAGCUCUGACCUGGACAGUGAGCCACCUGUCAGGACCCCAAUUCUUGGCAUCAGAAAUGACUUAAGUCUUCCUAAGUGCUCAUGCCUGCAUAUUCUGAUUAAGUAUGUUGAAAUUGAUAGGCACCAAUUUAACUUACAGUUCUGCUUGCAUCCUAUUUUCGGUAAACCUGGGUACCAGACUCUCAAAAAUGUUUCAUUAUUUGUCAUUCUUGAGUACUUGUAUGCAUGUAGUAUAGUUAUCAGACUCCAUAGGGAGAUACAAAAGAUAUAUUGAAAUGUGAUGAUAUUAUCAGUUCAUUACAUUUCUUUGUUAUGACUUUUUAUGUUGGAAAAUCAUGGUAAUAAUACAUAUUUACCUCCACUGCUUUACUCAUGGUUUCCACAACUCUUCUGUGAUAACUCUUAGUUUUCUGUAUUAGAAAGUAUUUUUCUGUUGAAUAAGGUGUCAAAAGCAUCAAUCACAAGAAGCAGAGAAAACGUAUUGGGAACAACUGGUAUUAGUAUGUUAUAAACUAAAAUGGAACAAUUCAUUGAUAUAUUAGUAAGACUUCCAAAUGAUCUUGUUAAAUUAUCCUCUUAUUUAGAAGCAGAAAAUAAGAGAGGAUGCUUUUGAGGAAAAUUGUCAUAUCUUCCUUACAGUUUUAAGUUUACAGCACAUUAUAAUUAAAGUAAGAAACAAACUAAGAAACAUCUGAAUGCUGAACUUACCAUGCAUAAAUUGAUGUUAUAGCCUCUUUAUUUUUUGCAUACCCAUUACCACAAAAUUAAAUUUAAAACUCAAUGUUGAAAUGUAAUAGCUUAAGAGUGACUAUAGUGGUAAUAGAAAAAGAUUUCUUCAUUACCUUAACGGUAAGUAAAGGUACUGUGACAUUUCUAAUGUAAGGCCUGACUGUAAAUUUGUAAUUGAAAUAUGACUAGAGAGCUGUUAAGUUUUAGGUAGGGAUAUUCUGCUACUGCAUAGUCACAACUUUUAAAAUUUGUUUUAUUUAGUAACAUGCCAUUGUAUUUUAGAAGAAGAGUAUAAUUCUUUGAAAGCAUAGUUUUUAUGAUACAGAAGGUAUUGAGCUUAGUAGUAUAGUGAUUAAGAACCUGGGUUCUGGAGCCAGACUGCCUAGUUUUACCAUCUCUGGAUAUCGAACAAGAUAAUUUUUCUGUGCCUCACCUUCCUACAUUAGGCUUGUUGAAUUUUAUGGAAAGGUAUGCAAGACCAGUAGUGUAAUAAUCUCUUAAUAGUGUUAGUGGUUAGCAUAAGUAAGAAUAUCUGUGCCUAUUUAUGAAUAAUUUUUAUUACUUUGUUCAUUCAGGAAGUAUGAUAGUAGUAUCUAAGACCUUAACUCUCAGGUUUAAAGAAGCCAACAUGUACUAGAGAACAUUAGGGGUUUUGACUUCAUUCUUGUCUAAAAUCUAGUGACUUUACCCUUCCAACAAUUGUAUAUGAAGCAUUCUUUGAUUCUUUGCACCAUUGGUACCAAGAAUAUAGACAUGAAAGAUAGCUGACCUUUAUGAACUUAAUUUUUUUUUUUUGGAGAUACUGGGCUUUGAAUUGGGUGCUCUGUUCUGGAGGUCUAUAUCCCUAGACCCUUCCCUUUUUAAAUUUUGAGACAGAAUCUCUCCAAGUUGCCCAAGCAGUAGUCAAACUUGUAAUCCUCCUUCCUCAGCCUACAAUCUUAAUUUUUAGUAGGUAAAGCAAAUAACUAAACAAGCAUAAAAUGGAGAGUAACAGAUGGCUCUUAUAAACAUACACGCAAGGUAUUUUGAAGGUACACAGAGUUGUGAAACUCAGACUAAACAAAAUAAUUAAGUCUUUAAGAACAAAUAGAAUAUAGCUGUUGGGGAUGUGGUAAAGGAACAUACCAAUUGAGAAUUUUGUAGAGGGUAUUCCCAAGGCAAAAGGCUUUUAGGGUAUCACCAAGAUUGAGAAAAGUGUGGCAUUCUUGGGAGUUACUCUGUCUGGAAAAGGAAGCAAGUGGCAAAUCAUGUGCACACUAAACUAAAGUUGAUGGAUUUUAAGCAGGAAAAGACUAUCACGUUUACAUUUUAAAGUAGAAAGGAUGGGACUGGAGGCAGAGAGACCUGUUAGGAAAUUUUGAGUAAUUCAGACAAAAUGAUACGGAGUGGAACUAAAGCACUGACAGUAGGGAAGCCAAAGACAGAAGAACUUAAAAAUUUUAGAGAACAGAAUUGACUCAUCCUGACAGUCAUUUGCAUGUAAGGGAUGAGAGACAAGACCAGGACAGCUUCUAAUUGUACGUUUUCCACAGAUUGAAGGAUUGAAUCCCUAUUUGGAAAAAGCUGAUUAUGCUAGUAAUAUUCUGGAAAACCAGACACAGGAAUACCAAUUCUAAAAUGAAGGAAUUGGAUCUUUUAUUUUUUUGGUACCAGGGAUCAAACUCAGGACCUUGCCCUUGUGAGGCAGGUGGCAGAACCACUAAGCUAAAUCCCCGGCCAAGGAAUUGGAUCUUCAGUAUCAGAGCCUUGAGAGAGAACCCACGACCUAACUACUGAACAGAUUAGGAGAAAGGAGAAGUUGGUAUAUAUGUGUGUAGUCUAUUAGUGUUCAGGAGGUGUCUAGACCCAAACAUUGGCAGCACUGUCAGAGUAAGUGCAUGAUUAGGAAGGUACACAGAACUAGUUUAACAGCAUCCACCUUGGUGAUAUGUCCCUUCUGCCCUUAGCUGUAGAUGCCUGUUAGAAUGGAGCCAUGCUUCCCCAGAUUCACUUAUUGAGAUGCUGAGAUGCAGCCAAUUUUCUUGAGGUUUUGUAUUUGGUUCAAUUAUUCACCCCAUCCCCUUUCCAUUAUACCUGGCUUCUUGGAUCUUUGCAGCAAAUGUAAAUCUAUGAUUGGAAACAGGGUCUUGUAAAAGUAGAUAUAUGGGCAAGAUGGAUCCUGUUGCCUGAUGGAUGCUGUUAAAGAUAGAUUGGGUUAGACUUGGUAAGAGGAGGACCAAAAGAGAUGUAUUGCUUCUUGGAAAGCUAUGGGUUGCCACUGACCACAUCAUGAUCUUUCUUGUUCCGCAAAAGACAGGAAAUGAGGACUUGGUAAACUUAUAUUCAGUUAUUAGAGGAGCAACAACCGUGGGAUAGCCUUGUGGGUCAAGGAGGCUACCCACAGAUUAUCUAAUACAGUAUAUGCUUGGGGACACUAAUUCAAGCUUUUACAGGUUUUUCCAAGUUGGUUCAGAGGUUCCCUUGUAGAUAGCUUGGGACUUCAGGACAGCAAGGACUGUCAGAAUAAUAGAAAAUUAAUGCCUGAAAUGUAUAUCCUAAGAUGUCAGAAACCUUUUAUUCAUAAAUAUCACAUUAUUUAAGAUUUAAUUUCCCACAUAAAAUGUUUAAAAAUGACUUUUCUGCAAUAUCAUACUGUAAUUAUAAAAGUUUUUAAAUUCUGCCAUGUAGUGCCUUAUUACUAUGAUACUAUUUUCUGUGAACUUUUGGGUUUAUUGUUUAUUAUUUUAUGAGAUUUAUUAUGAGGUUUAAAGAGUACUCAGCCAAAAAAAUUGCCUUUCAACAAAGUCAGUUUGAGAAUUUAAUACUUUCUGAUUGGCUUGGUCAUUUGUGGCUAGUUCGGUAACUGAAAGUGCACUAGUCGCACAAUGUUAGCAAUGUAAAUUUAUAUUUCAGAAAAUACCAAAUAAGUAUAAAUUAUGAAUUUUUCAGGGUAGCUAGUACUUAAAAUGUUAUUAAAUUAAUGCUAGGGUUAUUCAUUAUCCAAAUAUUCAGAUGAUAUCUAUCAAGGAGGUCAAAUGGUAUACAGCUUCUCCAUUGUUGGGACUCAAGCAUGGCAAAACCUUCCUAGGCUAUUUAAAUUUCCAACCUGUUGGGGCUGAGGAUUUAGCUCAGUCGUUCCACUGCCUGCCUCACAAGCACAAGGUCCCAAGUCCGAUCCCUGGUACCAAAAAAAAAAACUUCCAACCUGUUAUUUUGGCAUUGAAUCAAUACAAAAAUUAUCAGGUGACAUGUUAGAUUCUGUUUUCAGUCUUUGAAAUCUGGAGUGUAUUCUGCACUUAGAGCAUGUUUCUGUUUGGAACUAGCCACAUUUUAAGGGCUGAAGAGCUAGGUGAUCACUGACUACUAUACAGCACAGUUCCAGCAGACUACUCUGGGAAGCUUUUCCACUCCUGUCUGUACCUGAAUAUAUUUCUGAAGGCUUUUUAAUUCCAACAUUGUGAAGACUCUUGGGUCUCUUUUAAAGUUGAUUUAACUACUACAUAGAAACAGAAUUUGUUCCAUAUUGUUACCGAAUUGAGGAAAUUCUUGAUUUUUUUUAAUGAGAACUAAAAAUAUCUUUAAAGAAGAUUGAAGAUCUAAUAAUUCAUUAUGUACAUUCAUUGAUACCCUGGCUUUCACUGUGAUUGCUGCUUUUUUGAUGACACACAGGCUUUGAUUAAUUGGUCGAUUUAAUAGAAGUUGGCAUGUUUCUGAGCAGUGGUGGUGGUAGCUCUAGUUCAGUUUUUUCCAUGUUGAGUUGUGUUGGGGGUUUUUUGUUACAUUUUCCAGCUGUAGAAGCUUGUCCAUAAGACCUUCAUUCCCAAAAUGAAGACUGCAGAAUCCAACACGAGAGGCAGCAGGAGUUAAGUCUUUUUGAUAACAUGCUGCUUAGCUUGCCUAGGCAUUCUGUGCCCAAGUGCCAAGGUGAAUUGAGUCAGGAAUAGGGGUUGCCAAGAAAUUUAUCCAUAAGGUUGGGCUACAUGCUAGGAAAAUGGACAUUACAUACUUCUGCUUUGAGAUUGGAGCCAGUGAUUCUCAACACUUGGCUCUUAAAAACAUGAACUCAGGAGAGAAGAGGAGAACACAGAGACAACUCUUUAAGUCUUUUAAGUCCUUAACCCCACUCCCACGCCAGUAUUUCUGAGGCAAUCUUCUGGUGUGAUUCUGUUGUAUAGCUAGUGUAGUAUAUCCUAUCCUAGGGUUUUCCCACACAGGCCAAAAUAGGGUGUCUAAUCGUGAGGAAGAAAAGAUGCUAAACUGGUCUCAGCCCUCUGUAGGGAAGCUUUGACUAAAUCCCCUUAAAUUCUUUUCUGCUUGAUUGAACUCUUGACUGUGGAUAAGAAAACUACUCUGGUAUUAUUAUGAAUUCUUCCUAAUUCUGUGGUUCAUGAAAUAAACUGCCUGAUUCAGCCAGGAUCUGAUCAUUUAUUUUCACAGUGAAAUUGUAUUCCCUUUGGAAUAAACCCUUUGGAUCUCAA